UAAUUUAUAAAUUAUUUAAUUAAAAAGUUUCCGUAUAAACAUUUAAUUAAACUAUGUCGACAAUUUAGAUUUUAUUAUUUAUCGAAAACAGCUAUUUGUUUUGGAUAGAAAUAUUCAUUGGGAAUAAUUCUAUAUUCUAUUUAAUCGAGUUUUAAAUGCUACUAUAUUCAGGAGAAAUAUGAAAAUGAAGUAGCAGGAAUGAUGCAUGAUGUCUCCUACUACCAUCAUGGUAGUAGGUUAAAGAUCGCCAUUCUUAUCGAGACUUUAAAAUAUUAAUAAAAAUAAGAAGUUGUAAGACAUUGAGAUUAGCAUGAGAAAAAGAGAUUACAUCAAUGUCAGCGUCGACCCAAGACGCCAAGGUGCCGAAAUUCGUCAACUUUGCGAUAGGUGGCAUAUCGGGGUAAAAAAAGAUUCAUAUCACAGUUACUCAUUAAGACAAUGAAAGUGUUAUUAUUUUUUUUUAAAGAGGGAAAAAGGCAAAUAUCUAACGAGUAAUUUAGCUUGAAACUCACGGUAAUUUUAUUCCGCUGAUGACAGAGUGAUAGCUCAGUUCGUGACGCAUCCUAUGGAUGUUCUUAAGAUACGCAUGCAAGUAUCGCAUGAUACUUUGCGUGAUACAGCACUCCGCACGUUUUACACGGGUGGAGUUUGCGGUUUUUACUCGGGGCUGAGUGCGGCUAUUCUUCGUCAAUUGACCUACACAACCAGCAGACUUGGGAUCUACAACACGUUGCUGGAUAUCGGGGAGCAACAUUUUGGCUAUUUAAAUUACGUUACGAUGAUUAGUAUUGGGAUGGUAGCUGGCGUGAUAGGCUCUUUUAUCGGUACCCCCGCGGAUAUGAUAUUGAUUCGCAUGGUGGCUGAUGAGAAUUUGCCACCAGAAAAGCGAAGAAAUUAUAAGAACGCCGCUAGUGCCAUCUUUAAUGUAUGGAAAACUGAGGGAUUUUCCGGGUUAUGGAGAGGAGCGGUGCCCACGAUGGGUAGGGCAGCGAUUGUAAAUGGAGCACAGUUAGGUACAUACACGAGAGCGAAGAUGUUGCUGCGAGACACAGAUCUUUUUAGUGCGACAGGGUAUAUCCAAAACGAUAUACCACUGCAAUUUACUGCUGCUAUGAUGUCCAGCGUAAUUACGUGUUUUGCUUCGAUUCCAGUGGACGUAGCUAAAACUAGGAUUCAAAACUGGAGACAGUCUACGAAACCACCUGGUGUCAUGGCUAUGAUUAUUAAAAUUGCUAAAACGGAAAGCGUAAUGUCGUUGUGGCGCGGUCUUCUUCCGUAUUAUUCCAGAGCUGCUCCCAAUACCGUAAUUACCAUGGUAUGUGUUGAUCAAUUUCAUCGAAUGUACUUGACAUUCUUUCCGGCAUCGUAAUGUAGUUUACCUCUGUCAAUGUGAAUUGCUUUCCUUCAAUUGCACGAUAUAAUUGGAAUAAAAUCUAUAACUGAGAUGUUGUAAUUGUUUAAUCAAAUCAG